CUCCGCCCUUCUCCUUGAGAUGAGGAAACCCCGGAUAGCGGACAGUGUCAGCGGCUUCUGGGAUUUCAUGAUUUACCUGAAGUCGUCGGACGAGUCGAAGCACGCUGCUCUGUUCUGGGUCCUGGCCCAGCUCUUCUGGGACAUCUACGUGGACUGUAUGGUGUCGCGCACCCACGGACUGGGGCGGAGGCGGUUCACUGACGAUGAGAAGGAACUGACUGCUCUCCACACUCAGAUCUCAGGCAGGUCCUACGUAGAGGGCCGAUGGGUGAGUGAUGCCAGGGAGCAGGAGGUCGUCCAAGACUGGGUUGGCAUCCAAGUGUACAGAAGUGGCCAUGGCAUCAUGCAGAACAGGAUAGCGAAAAGCAUGGGUCUCAAAAGAGCCUCCAGCCCCACGUAAACAAUCCUGCUACUCAGUGUCUUCUCUGCACCUUCGGGAAAUUCAAUAAUGAACAAGAUGGACAAAACAUCCAGAUUGAAUUGUCCUGUCAUCCCUCAAAAAUUAAAUUGUUUUCA